AUGGUUUUAUCAGCGAAGCAGAUUCUCUCUGCAAAGAUCGGAUUUUCAAAUCCUAUUUCACGGCGAAAUCUUGUCUCCUCACUCCAAAGAUCUCCUGUUUCUCUAUCGUUUCCAAAACGCACCGUUUUAGCCGUGUCGAAGCCUCUGCAUCUCUCUUCUCUAAGAUCAAAGUCUCCGGUGAGAUGUGAAGCCUAUGAAGCCGAUAAAUCAGAGCCUCAACCGAUCGAUGAUGUAGCGGCGGUGGUUGAAGAGAAAUCGGAAGCGGCGAAGAAACUGAAGAUCGGGAUUUACUUCGCUACUUGGUGGGCUUUAAACGUUGUUUUCAACAUCUACAACAAGAAGGUGUUGAAUGCUUACCCUUAUCCAUGGCUUACUUCGACGCUUUCACUUGCUGCUGGUUCGUUGAUGAUGCUAAUCUCUUGGGCUGUUGGGAUCGUCGAGACUCCUAAAACCGAUUUCGAUUUCUGGAAAACUCUUUUUCCGGUUGCUGUGGCACACACAAUUGGUCAUGUGGCUGCAACGGUGAGUAUGUCAAAGGUUGCGGUUUCUUUCACUCAUAUCAUCAAGAGUGGUGAACCGGCGUUUAGCGUUCUUGUCUCGAGGUUUCUUUUGGGUGAAACCUUCCCUACUUCGGUUUACUUGUCCCUCAUUCCAAUCAUUGGUGGUUGUGCUCUCUCCGCUCUUACUGAGCUUAACUUCAACAUGAUUGGGUUCAUGGGAGCGAUGAUUUCAAACUUGGCUUUUGUCUUCCGUAACAUCUUUUCAAAGAAGGGAAUGAAGGGAAAGUCUGUGAGCGGAAUGAACUACUACGCUUGUCUCUCAAUGUUAUCCCUCUUGAUCCUCACUCCCUUUGCGAUUGCGGUUGAAGGACCUCAGAUGUGGGUCGAUGGCUGGCACAAGGCUCUCUCUGACAUCGGACCACAGUUUGUCGGGUGGGUGGUUGCGCAGAGUGUGUUCUAUCACCUCUACAACCAAGUAUCCUACAUGUCAUUAGACCAAAUCUCUCCCUUGACAUUUAGUGUUGGUAACACCAUGAAACGUAUCUCCGUCAUCGUCUCCUCCAUCAUUAUCUUCCGUACUCCAGUCCAGCCCGUUAACGCCCUUGGAGCCGCCAUUGCUAUCCUCGGAACCUUCUUGUAUUCCCAGGCAAAGCUUUGA